AUCACUACACCUAUGGCUGGAAUGAAAUAAAAUCGUAGGGGACGUACUGUUACGUCAGGCAUAGCAAAACGGGAAAUAUCCGCUGCGCCUUCCACAAUGCCACUUAAUUUGAGUCCAAUUUGAUUUGCGUCCGACCGUCAAGACAGCACAAACGCCUUUGCUUUCGUUGUUCACUGGUAUCCUAUUAUCGUCUAUCGCUGCAUGGAAUAAUUCCAUUCCUUGAAAUCUUGGAAUUAUGUAGAACGUGUGUCUGCUGCGUUUUUUUAGUCGGAUUAUAAAUACCUAAAAAGCCUUCUACAUGUUGACCAAGUUCGUCUCUCUGUGCCUGCUUCUUUGCGGCCUAAGUCUCCUGCUUGUUUUCAGCCUAAACCUGCGGCGGACAGCAGGUCAACACGCAAAUACGACAGAGUUCGCCUCGGUCAUAAUCCUCAAUCUUGCCGAUCAUCCGGACUGCGCAGCCGACGUUCGCCGCCUCUGCGAGCACUUGUCCGUCAAGAAGUACACCGACGCCAUCAUAGAUGCCAAGAACAGUCUGGACGUGCUUAACUGCUUCCUACUCCGCGAAGACAAAAAUGUUUCCGCCGGCUGCCAUCAGAUCAUGGGCGAUUUCAAAAGAACAUCACCAAGGACCCACGGAUUGCCAGCAUCAUCCACACCGAGUGCCGCGAGGAUCUGAACAAGACCUUAGCGAACUGCCCCGGUACUCGGCAGAGGGAUCCCAGAUUCUUCCUGUCCUGCGUGGUGGGGCAAAAAUACAAUAACCCCGACGAAUCGUGUCUGGUGUGGAUCAACAAAGUGGCCGUUGUCAUCUUCUCCGAUGAUGACCUGGUCGCGCACUUCAUCAGCGAUUGUGCGGUCGACCAGAAACGCCUGCAGUGCAGUUUCUUGAACAACGAGGGACGAUCCAAGGGCCGGCAUUCCCAAGGCGCAUCCGUCCAG